AUGUCUCCAGGAAAGGAGGGUGAAGGCUUUCCCGCCCAGAAUAUAUCGUUAGACUCCAAGUACGACUCUCACGGCUGGCUUGUUGAAAAUGAAAAAGGUUAUAGAAUCAUUGAGGAUCACUUCGGAGCUCAUCGCAAACUGCGAGUUAUCCACAUCGGUGCUGGUGCGUCGGGGAUUUGCUUUUCGAAAUUUGCCGGGGAAGAACAUGAGAACAUCGACCUACAGAUCUACGAGAAGAAUGACGAUAUUGGCGGGACCUGGCUCGAAAAUAGAUAUCCAGGGUGUGCUUGCGACAUUCCCUCCGUUUGUUAUCAAUUUACCUGGGAUCGGAAUCCCGAGUGGUCUCAAUACUACUCGGAAUCACCAGAGAUCUGGAAAUACUUCAAAGGCGUUGUUGAGAGACACGACCUUAUGAAAUACAUUAAACUUCGACACAAAGUGGUUGCAGCAAAAUGGCAUCAGGAAGACGGACUUUGGCACGUUCGAGUUCAAGACGAAGAGCAUGGAAAUGAAUUCAACGACACGUGCCAUGUCCUAGUCAACGGCGGUGGCAUCUUGAAUAAUUGGAAGUGGCCAGAUAUUCCUGGCCUUCAUUCAUUUCGAGGUGUCCUCCAACACAGUGCACACUUUACCGAAGGACUCGACCUAAAGGGUAAGAAAGUCGCCGUCAUUGGAACUGGCAGCAGCGGGAUCCAAAUUGUCGCGAAGAUUGCUCAGGAAGUGGAACACCUCUAUACCUGGAUCCGGUCGCCUACCUGGAUUACAGCUGGCUUCGCUCAGAAAUUCGCCUCCGAGGGUGGAGGAAACUUUCAAUACACGCCGGAACAAAAGCAGCUCUUUAAAGACAACCCGAAGCUCUACUUGAAGUAUUCAAAAAUGAUCGAGUCAGAGUUAAAUCAAAGAUUCAAGUUCAUUUUAAAGAACACCCCGGAGUCCAAAGCGGCUAGGGAAUACGCAAUCUCCGAAAUGAAGCAGAAGCUGGCACAUGAUGAGGCUUUGAUCGAGGCGAUCAUCCCGAAAAAUUUUGACGUGGGAUGUCGAAGACCAACUCCAGGAAAUGGGUUUCUGGAAGCUUUGAACCAGGAGAAUGUGACUGUAUUCACCCAUUUCAUGAAGGCCAUCACUCCGACAGGGUUCAUCGACAACAGUGGCCAAGAACAUCAAGUUGAUGUUAUUAUUUGUGCAACUGGAUUCAAUACCACAUGGAUCCCACGCUUCCCCGUCGAGGCAAAUGGUGAGACUCUGGCAAAGCUAUGGCGUGAUGAAGCUACGUCGUAUAUUUCGGUAGCUCCUCCUAACAUCCCGAACUACUAUAUGAUGGGCGGACCGUACGGGCCCCUUGGCCAUGGUUCGUUCUUACCAAUCUUGGAGUCACUGGCACGAUACAUCCUCCAGAUCAUCGAGAAGAUGCAGGUCGACCGCAUCAAAUCGCUAACUCCCAAGCCUGAAGUCAUUUCUCAAUUCAAGGAACAUGCAGACCUCUACCUGCAACGAACUGCGUGGGUUUCUGGGUGUAGCAGUUGGUUUAAACAAGGACGUGUGGACGGCCCGCUACCGAUGUUUCCGGGGAGUCGUCUCACAUACCUGAAGCUGCUUGAGAGACCGAGGUUUGAGGACUACAAUAUUGAAUAUUGUAACAAGUUGAACAUGUUUGAGUUCCUGGGUGACGGUUUCGAAGUUCGAGAGUUCGACGGCAGGGAUCUAUCCUACUAUCUUGGUCUCGUCGACGAGAAGGAUGUGCAAAUUGACCUGGAGGCCGACCUGUCCACUGAUCUGGCUGCGCUGAUUCCCCAGGCAUCAAAAGCGUGA